GCGUGUGGGGUGGUGCGGCCAGUGGCUCCUCCGUUUCGUGUGAUUCCUCGGUAAAUGGGACAGCUACAGGGAAGAUAAUUUACGUAAUCGGCGCGGUGCGUCGCUGACCACUGCUCACGAUGGAGCGGGCGCGCCGUCUGCAGAUCCGCCAGCUGGGCCCCGAGCUCACCUGUCACCUGUGUCACGGAUACUUCGUCGACGCCUUCACCGUCGUCGAGUGCCUACACUCGUUUUGCAAGUCGUGCAUCAUGGACCACGUUAAGAAGUCAUGCGACUGUCCAAAGUGCGGCACCCAGCUGAACAAGGCGCGACUCACCUCGGCACUCAGGCCCGACCAGACUCUGCAGUCUGUCGUCUAUAAACUGGUGCCGCGACUGUUCAACGAGGAGAUGCAGAGACGGCGAGACUUCUACCAGGACCACCCGCAGAGAGACCGGAGCCUGUCGCCGGAGCGACGGGGAGACGUCAGCUCCCAGCAAUUUGUCUACACCCUCAGCGAUCCCAUCAGCUUCAGCUUGGAGUUCGCCAGUGCCACCGACAGUUCGCCUGGAGCGGGCCGACGCCGCGGUAAAAACCGGCAGCUGCCGAUCCGCACCGGCGGCAGAUCGCUAUCGCGGCCCUGA